AUGGUGAGAGACGCCAACCGACGACCGACGACGACCGACGCGACGACGACGACCGACGCGACCGGCGACGACGCAUACCUGCACAGCGACGAGAUGACUCUCAUCCUCACCAAUCUGCCGCCCGCCUCGGCGGUCACCCUCGCGCGCUUUGCUCAAGUGAGCCAGUCCUUUGCGGCCGAGGGCGGUGUCGUGGAAACUGCCCUCCGUUCGCGCCACGGCCCACAGCCGGCGGCUCUGCCCGACGCCUUCGACACGUGGCUCGCAAAGCUGCUUUGGGACGAGCGCCGUUCUGGCGUUCACGCUCCUGUGCUGAGCGUUGGGCGCACGCACGGCGCCACCGUGCACGACGGCCGGUGCUUCGUGUGGGGAUCAGAGUACGUCUCUUACGCCGGGCGCGAGGUGCCCGGCCUGCUUGGCGUCGGCCUGCGCAACCAGGCGAGACACGUCUACCAGGGCAACGUGGACACGCCCAAGCCUCUAGCCAACGUCACCAAUGCCCACACGCUCGUCCUCGCGGCCGACGGCAGCGUCUACGCCUUUGGCAACGGCGAGUGGGGCCAGUGCGGCUCCGCGAAGGGCCGGCCCAAGACCGAUUUCUUCCCGCCGUUCGCGCAGCCCGAGCGGCUCCGCGGAGCGCACACUCUGUCUCAGCCCAGCACCUUCGGCCAGCUCAAAGACGCGUACUGGAAGAUCGACACCCUCUACUUCAUUGACGAGAACGACCUGCCCUUCGCGUCCUGCGCUGAGUGCAUCGGCUGCGAUAACCCGCCCAUGCAGAUCUCGGGCAGCAAGAUGCAGGCUUGCC